AUGACCAUUGUCAGCGCCCCCGACGAGUGGCUCGAUGCCGAGUCCGAGUCGGCGUCGUGGGCCGGGCAGAGUGAGUCUGCUACAUACGAGCUCAUCAACUCAGGAAGCGGCAGCUCAAGCCUACAGGUGGUGGACCUGACCGCCAUCGAGUCUGGGAGCGGGAGUGGGCUAGCCGAGCCGUCGCGCCCGACCCGUAGUACCCGCUCGCGACGGGCAGCGACACGCACCACAAGGACACGAGCGACGCGCAACACAAGGACGCGAACGACGCGCGCAACGCGCCAGAGUGAACGGAGCGAGCCGGCACGCAAAAAGGCCAAGCCGCUGCCACCCGACUCGGAGAACGACGUCCCGGCGCUGCCGCGCAAGUUUGUGCGGGCCGAGUGGGUGGCCAAGCACUUUACAUGCCCCAUCUGUUGCGACGUGUUCCAGGGCCCACUCCGUGCGCCGUGUGGACACACCUUUUGCACCUCGUGCAUUCUCACAUGGCUCCAGCACGCCGAGUCGUGUCCGAUGGACCGCGCGGCGCUCACGCCCGACAACUUGCACGCCGAUCUCAUUGUGGCCAACGUCAUCGACGAUGAGGACACCGUCUGCCCUUUCUACUCGCACGGCUGCGCGUGGGUCGGCAAGGCCGGCGUCCUCGACGCCCACGCCCACAAAGAUUGCUCAUUCAACCCGGCACUCCUCCCUGCGUUUGUACGCGAGGGUGCGGCCGGCCCGUCGACGCCCAAGACCACUGCUGCCGUCCUCGCCUCGCUCGACGAGGAGACUGAGGACGGCGUGCCGUCGCCGGGCGUCAUGCCACUCCGCAUGCGGCUGUACCGCAACGCCAGCUCGGGUGCCGCCGAUCUCCUCGCCAACAUGUUCACCUCGCGGUCUGCGGCCUCGAUCUCCCUCGACGCCCCGUCGCCGUCGCCGCCGCCGCGGUAG